CAAUCCCCACACUCUUCUCUUGCUUCCCUUUCAGCUGCAGCCAUUCCGACCUGCCCCAGCACCAGCGUAACGCUGGAAAUUUCCCGUUGCGGUCGGCCCUGCCCCAGACGCAUGCACGCAAAAUCCACGCAGACCACACAACCACAAGACACGCGCGCAGGCGCACGGGACGCUGGAUGCUCCCUCGUGCCAGCCCCAACCAGGCCCAGGCGACAGGGACCGAGAUGAGCGCCUGAUGAUCAAGCUCUUGUCCUACUUGUUCCUACUUGCCGUCUCUCCGGCAUUGCAGAGGCUGCAUGCUGCUUACCACAUUACUUGGGACGAGUUUGAUAUUGCAACUCGGAUCCUACGGCGGUGGACUCGCCAGUGCGGCUGCAGCACAACAAGCUCAGAGUCAAUUGUCUUGACCACAUGCUGACGGAACCUAAUUGAUUGUGCUGCCACGGUAGUCUGGGUACUCGGCACUCGACUUUAUACGGCAACCAUGUACUGUGUUGUGUCGGUAAGGGGGCCUACCUGCUGGUCUGUCCGUAUCUUUAAUUGGCCAAUCACACAGAUAUCGUAUACAGCACUUGGUAGGGCUAUUUUCCCCCCUGGGCCCUUGGGUGUGGCUACCUAGGUACUUAGGUUUUCGAGCCUCAACUGUCGGCCGGUUGACGCCAAGCUCCCAAAACGGGUGCCUAGCUACCUCAAUGCUAUCUGAGUGGCUAUCUAUCUACCUAUCUGUUUAUCUAUCGCAGGUUGGAGGGACAAAUAAUACUUGGCCCAAGGACCAUGAUCACGGCCUGUUUGCAAGCAACAACAACAACAUCAUCAUCCCUUGCAUCCUUUGCCAUAACCUAAGCAGACCCGAGGACCGAACGCUCUUCGGAUGCUGGGCCGCCCUGCACGGUGGUAGCCGCUACGAGGCCGCGACGCAAUCGGCCGCCACUUCUAUCUAACCGGUCCCGAGUUUCGAUUCCCAACCUCCCGCACCUGCACCGUCAGUUCCGACGUGCAUACAGAAUAGCCCUCGCCCGGCGUAUGCCUCGCCCCGCCCUGCCACGAUAAGAUGCAGCUCCCAUCCACCCUCCUCCUCCCCGUCCUCCUCGCCUCCUCCGCCCCCGGCAUCGCCGCCGCCGCCGCAGCAGCACACGGCCUCCACAACCACCACCACCACCCGGAACGGUCCGUCUUCCCAUGGCUGACAUGGCUGCGGGAUAGCGCGGUGGAGAUGGUCUUUGGCCACCCGCCCUCGAGGAAGUUUGAGCACUAUGAGCCAAGCCUGGGCCGGAGAUAUCAGAAUGACAUUGUCCUCCGCUUCAACGUCUCCACCGCCGAGGAGGAGACCGCCCUGGCAAAGGCCACGGAGCGUAUGUUCCUGGACAUAUGGUCGUGGGAUGGCACCGGCACCGUCGACCUGAUGGUACAGAAGAAGAGCCUCAAAUCGCUGCUGGAGCUGCUGCCGCCGUCCCUGGGCAGGUCGUACUCGGUCAUGGUCGACAACCUGCCCUCCGCCAUCUAUGCGUCCUAUCCCUCCCCACCGAAACCAAAGGAGCCGUCCCCCCAGCUCGAGCGCAAGUUCAGCGUCGACCUGAUGAACCCGCCCCGGUCCCCCAACGGCGGCGGCGGCGGCGGCGGCGACGAGGGCCUGUACUUCUUCCGCAACUACCAGCCCCACAGGGUCGUCAUGCGGUGGAUGCGCCUGAUCGAGGCCAUGUUCCCCUCCUUUGUGCGCUACACCACCAUCGGCCAGUCCUACGAGGGCCGCGACAUCCCCGCCCUCGUCGUCGGCCCCGGGUUCACCGGCGAGGGCCAGCCCCGCCGCACCCUCGUCGUCAUGGGCGGCUCCCACGCCCGCGAGUGGAUCUCCACCACCACCGUCAACUACCUCGCCUGGGCCCUCGUGACCAGCUACGGCAAGGACCCGCUCGUCACCAGGUUCCUCGACAAGUUCGACGUCGUCUUCAUCCCCGAGCUCAACCCGGACGGCAUCGAGUACACCUGGACCGCCGACCGCCUGUGGCGCAAGUCCCGCCAGCACACCAGCGGCAUGUACUGCCACGGGCUCGACCUCGACCACGCGUUUGGGUAUCAGUGGGACGGGUCUGGGCUGCACGACAGCGACCCCUGUUCAGAGAGCUUCGGCGGCGACGAGCCCUGGGAGUCCGUCGAGGUCUCGGCCCUGCGCGACUGGGCCAAGCACCAGGCCGAGGCCAACAACGUCGACUUUGUCGGCCUGGUGGACCUGCACUCGUACUCGCAGCAGAUCCUGUUCCCCUACGCCUACACCUGCGGCGUCGAGCCGCCCAACAUCGAGAAGAUGGAGGAGCUGGCCCUGGGGCUGUCAAAGUCCAUCCGGCUCUUCUCGGGCGAGAGCUACUCCGUCAAGGCCGCGUGCAGGGGCGCCGUGGCCGGCUCCGGCUCCGGCUCCGGCGGGGCGGCCCCCCUGCGCGUCGAGCCCACGGGCGGCUCGGCCAUCGACUGGUUCUACCACGAGCUCGGCGCCCACUACAGCUACCAGAUCAAGCUGCGGGACACCGGUAGUUAUGGCUUCCUGCUGCCUAGCGACCAGAUCAUCCCGACUGGGGAGGAGAUCCUGCACUCGAUCAAGUACCUCGGCGACUUCCUCCUCGGGAACGACGGCAUCGAGAACCUGCAGGCCGGCGGCGGCCCCGGCGAGGAGGCUCUCGACGACGAAAUCGCGGAGCUCAAGAGGCUACGCCGCAGGAUAUAGGUGCUCGUGCGUUCUGCCGGGCUGAGGAUGGCUGGGCUCCCCUUGCAAAUGGUAAUCUUGUCUGUGUUUUGUUGGCUUCUUGCAUAGGGCGUUCUCGGGGACUUGGGCGGGACCAAGAAACAAAACAAAAAGAAAGGAAAAAACAGCGACGUUGGGGCUCUAGGUUGUUUGCCCCCCGGUGCCGCAGCGGUGUUAUGAUUGAAUGUGAAAAAGUCAGGCAUGGUCUCUUCAUUUUGUGUAGCAAGCAUAGGGAAAUGGUAAUAUCCAAUUUGUCCUGCG